AUGACCACCCGGUCGCUACGCAUCGUCCGGAACGAGCUAGAGUUCUUGGUCGACACUUCUAUCAUUACUCCUUCGCAGCUCAACUCGAUUCUUUCGCAACUGCCCGACGAGGCCGACGCCCGCGCUGCCCUGGCUCGCCAGCAGCCGCGACAGACCUCACCAUUGCAGCCAGCGCCCCUGCCCGAACCUGUUCAGCCUGUUCCCACACAGCUCCCUCAGGCUCCAUACUCACCCCCUACUACACAAAUGUCCAAUACCUCGUUCAAUGAGAAGGCUCAGCUUCACAACCAAUAUGCCUCCCCGUCUCCGCAGCCCCCGCCCGCCUACCCUCAAGUCCCGCCUAUCCUCUCUCUCGCCACGGCCUUGUAUGCCUAUACCCCUACCGACGCCGGCGAUUUGGCGUUGUCGCCGAAUGAUCGCGUCCAGGUGAUCGAGCACAUGAACGACGACUGGUGGCGCGGUCGUAACGAGCGGACUGGCAUGGAGGGUAUCUUCCCCAGGGCCUACGUGAACGUCAUUGAUGAGAAGGCUGCGGCGGCCAUGCCUCCUCCUCAAUCCAGCUACGGAAACAUGCCCUUGGAUGUCAGCCAGAGUGGAUCUUCCGUGAACCCGAGCGACCCGGCUCAGAAGAGCAAGUUUGAACAGGGUGGCAAGAAAUUCGGCAAGAAGCUUGGCAAUGCUGCGAUUUUCGGCGCCGGUGCUUCUGUUGGCUCCAACAUUGUGAACAGCAUUUUCUAA